AUGUCAUCAUCCGCCCCUUUACUCUCAGGAACAAUCGAACCCGACGAGGAACCCCCGACCUUACCUCAAGGUAAGAUCGGUGCGUCUUCUCGACCUAGCGAACCUGUCGUUCUCGUUCCGGGCACGACGGCACAGGGGAACGUAGCCACGGGAAUAGGUAAUGCAGAGGAAGGUGGUAUUCGAGGGAUACUCAAACAAUCUUCUCAUCCACUUUCACUCUUAUUCUUAUAUUUCUUUAGGAGCGCCGCUAUUGCCGUCUAUGUCUUAUGUGGAUUAUUUACGGAUAAUUACGUUUUGAGUAUCGUCGUGGUGGUCGUACUACUCUCUCUAGACUUCUGGAAUACUAGGAACGUAGCAGGCCGUACACUCGUCGGACUGCGAUACUGGAACGAAGUGGAUGAAGAAGGUGAGAGUUCGUGGGUAUUCGAAUCGAGGGAUCCUUCAAGACCUGCCAACGCGAUAGAUGCGAAGAUGUUCUGGAUCGCACUCUACGCCUAUCCUUUAGGAUGGUUAGCUCUCCUAUUCGUAUCAUUACUGAAAUUCAACGUUUCAUUCUUGCCUAUAGUAUUACUAGCAUUGGUAUUCAACCUAUCAAACUUGCUAGGGUUCACAUACGCCGAUAGAGAUGCUCAGAGAAGAUGGGCAAAUGGAAUAGCGAGCAGUGGCAAUCUCAUGGGUUUCGGGUUCGGUGGGAUCGGAGGUCAAUUGGUUGGUGGGAUGGUUAAGAAUAGCUUAGGGAGGGUAUUCGGGUAG